AUGAAGACGAUGAAGUGCAUUCUACAAUAUCCAGAUAACAGAAGCAACGUUGCUUAUGGUACAGUUUACAUCUCUUCAGAAAGACAAGCCAUUCAUGGAGUUCCACUUCAAGACGACUGCUAUAAAGUAUCAAUUGAUGAAGUGAUAAAGGGAGCUGCAUUUUUACCAUAUCAAAACGGUGAUAUCAAAACAGUUGAGGAGGCACAUAAAGCUUUUGCUGCAUGGCCAAAAUACCUUGUCAAAUGUGACAAAAAGAUACCACAAAUGAGAUCAACUCAAGAUGAUGAAUGUAAAAGCUCCAAGAAGCAAAAAAAAAGUUUUAUAACGAGAGAUAGCAUUGGCAAGCAUACAAGGAGCACUUUCAACAAGACUAAACAAAUCUAGUUUU